GAGACCGGUCGCAAUCGACACGCAUAGGGUGAGAAAAGGAGACGACGCCGAGUCACGACGAUGCUGCUCCUGCCUAUCCGUUGUCGAAGAAGCGGUCAACGUAAGUGUGCCAUCCAUUUAGGAUUCGCCAUUGUACAUCUACAAUCAAUUCAAUGCGCGCCGUUGGUACUGAGACAGUCCGCAAGGGCCAGAGGGACCCUCUCGCGGGAGCGAUCUGAGACAUCCGGGGAAGGCGGCGAUGGAGAAGCCAGACGCCAAGACUCGCUCUCUCACAUCUCGAAGGUUUCUAGGCCGUUGGGAAGGACGCGCGUCGAGCGGUGGUUAGGAAGGGCGAGCUCUGGACUUUAACCAAAAAUAGGCAGCUCGGCAGGGUAGGUUUGCCGGGGUGAGAGAAAGAGAAAAGGAGGACUGGCGGGUGCACCUUGGAACAUGCUCAACACGAAACUGCAUGACAUCAUGGGCUCUCGCCUAGGUUUGUCCCG